UUUGCGCAUGGUGUGGUUCAUUUGAGGUUACGUCAACGUGUGGUGCGGUCAAAAUGGGAAAGCAUCGACCACGGUUGAAAGGAAAAGGCUUGAGGUGGGCGAAAGGACAAAGUUCAAGUAGUAAUCCACAAACGAAAAAAUUCAGAGACGCUGCAAAAUCCAAUUUCUUCCAAGAAAAUUUAGGGCAGAGCGGACUGACGGUGAGCGCCGUGAAGCAGCACAAUGUGUUCCAAGGAACAAAGGAGAACGAAGCGGAGCCGAUGGCAGACGACGAGGAGACACUCGGCGGGACGUACAAGACCUUCCAGACCUUCGCCACCGACUGGAGUGCGUGCACUAACCUCUCUUUCAGCAGGCUGCUGAAGGGCUUCCGCUCGGACUCUGCCCUGCACAAGGAGAUGCUGGCCGUGCUCGCCGCCGUCACGGAGGUCAUCAAGGAGAACAAGGGCAAGGAGACGACCACCGAGUACUUCGCGGCACUGAUGACGACGCUGGACGUGACCCAGUCGGAGGACUCGGUGGCGGCCAUCCUCUCGCUGCUGGGCAUGGGCAUCAAGAAGGUGCCGGAGAGCGUGCUCCGGCUCAAGUUCCCGGAGACGUCCAGGACCUUCCUGGACCUGCUCGGCCGGUACGCCGAGUCGGACAACGGCGUCGUCCUCCGAUCGCUGCUGGGCUGCCUGUCCGUGCUGCUGCGAGCGCAGGAGCCGGCCGCCUGGAGUAGCUCCUCCACCUUCCAGGCCUUCGACUCCGUGCUGGCCUUCACCACGCACGCCAAGCCCAAGGUGCGCAAGGCGGCCCAGCACGCGGUGUGCGCGGUGCUGAAGGGCAGCGCGAUGAGCCCUCACCCCGCCGCCGGCCGCACCGCGCAGUUCUGCACUCGGCAGCUGGAGACGGCCGGCCACACGUCGACCCUGCACGUCCUCGCGCUGCUCAAGGAGACGCUGUGCACCUUCCCGCGCUCCCACCUCAAGACGAGCUGCGAGACAAUCCUGCGGCUGCUGACGCUGGGGGACGCGCUGGUGGUGUCGUGCGGCAUGCAGGCGCUGCACAGCCUGCUGCUGGGGCGCCCGCCCCCCGGGGCCCUGCCCCCGGCCCUCAACGCCCAGCUGGUGUCCGCGCUGUACGACUACCAGCCGGCGCCCGGCGACCCCCAGCCCGUGCUAGCCUGGCUCGCCGUAGUGCAGGAGGCGCACGCCAACCUCGCCAGGAACGACGUGUCUCUGUGUGCGGCCGGCCUGCCGCGCCUCUUCUCGACGCUGGCCCAGCUGUGGCUGAGCGGGCGGGCCGAGGUGGUGGCCGGGGCGACGGCGGCCAUGAGGGCGGCGGCCCGGGACUGCGUGGGUCCGGCCUGCACCCCGGAGCUGGCCCCCCGCCACGCGGCGCACCUGGCCAGGGCGCUGGCCGCCGUGGAGGCGGGGCUCAAGUACCAGUACCACGCCGCCUGGGGCCACGUGCUGCAAGUCCUCGCCGAGCUGUUCCAGGUGAUGGGCGGGACGUGCCAGCAGCUGUUGCUGCCGUGCCUGCGCGCCCUCGCGGAGCUGCGCGACUCCUACAAGUUCUCGCACGCCAGCGACGUGGAGCUGGCCGUGGGCCGCGCCGUGCGCUCCAUGGGUCCCGAGGCCGUGCUGCAGGCCAUCCCCCUGGAGAUCACGGGCCGGGAGACGAGCUACGAGUUCCGCCGCAGCUGGCUGCUCCCGGUGCUGCGCGAGAACGUGCUCGGCUCCUCGCUGCAGUUCUACACGCAGUACUUCCUGCCGCUGGCCGUGACCUGUCGGAAGCGGAGCGCGGCGCUGGCCGCGCAAGGGGACUCCGUGGGCGCGCACAGCUACGACCUGCUCCAGGCUCAGCUCUGGGCCUUGCUGCCGCGCUUCUGCGACGGCGCGCGGGACGUUCCCCAGAGCUUUAAGGGCAUCGCGAAGGUGCUGGGCACGGCCAUCGCGGAGCACAAGGACCUGCGCAUCUCGGUCAUGUCCGCGCUGCGCAAGCUGGUGACCGGCGGCCAAGAGGCCGGCGACGAGGAGGCGGUGAAGGAGGUGGCGCGCUUCGCCAAGAACUUCCUGCCCAUCCUGUUCAACGUGUACACCGCCAAGCCGGUCGGCUCCGACGAGGAGGGCCAGCGGCUGGCCGCGUUCGAGACCGUCAAGGUGUACCUGGGCGUGGCGGACGCGGGGCUGUGCGCGGAGCUGUUCGACCGGGCGGCGGGCAAGCUGGACGAUGCGGGCACGGACGGCUUCGUGCGGGAGAGCGUGCUGGACCUGCUGCGCGCGCUGCUGCCGCGCCAGGACACGGCGCGCGUCGCGCUGCUCUACGCCCGCUGCCGCGAGGGCCUCGCCGACGCCUCCGACCACCGCCAGCAGAAGAAGGCUUACAGGCUGCUGGAGGAGCUGUGCGGCAGCGAGACGGAGACGUGCCGAGCCUUCGUGGACCAGAACCUCCCGGGGCUGCUGGAGGUGCUGCUACAGGCGCUGUCCUCCUCCGCCGUGCCCAGCAAGGGGGCACGGCUGCGCUGCCUCGCGCACAUCGUGAGGCGUCUGGAGGCGCGCCACCUGGACGUGCUGGCCCACGUCGUCCCGGAGGCCGUGCUGUGCUGCAAGGACCUGAACGAGCGCUGCCGCACGGCCGCCUACAACCUCCUGGUCGAGAUCGGGCACGCCAUGCAGCGGCUGUCGGGCAAGGCGGUGGACGACGUCAUGAGGGACUUCGUGGGGCUGAUGUUGGCAGGACUGGCGGGCAGCCCCGCCAUCGCGUCGGCCACCAUUCUCGCCCUGGCGCGCGUCACUCACGAGUUCAAAGACCUGCUGCCCGAGGACCUGCGCUUGCUGCUGCUGGACAACGUGACGCUGCUGGCCUUGUCGAAGGCACGCGAGAUUGUCGCCGCGGCCCUGAGCUACGUGAAGCUGUACAUCACCUCCUUCCCGCCGGCUGUGGUCGGUCCAUCGCUGCCCACCAUCGUGAAGAGUCUGGCGGGCAUGACGGAGGACUGCAAGCGUCACCUGCGCGUCAAGACGCGCAACAUCCUGGACCGGCUGGUGCGCAAGUUCGGGGCGGAGAGCGUGGGGGCACACGUCCCGCCCUCGGACGCCGUCAUGCUCAAGCGGCUGCGCAACCUGCGCAAGGCGAGCGCGCGCAAGAGGCGCGAGCGUGACCAGCGCCGGCAGACCGACUCCGGCGACGAAGACGACGGUCGGUCGUUCGCUGUGAAGGCCCGCGCUAAGACGAUCGACGAGAUCCUGGCCGACUCGGAGGACUCUGCCCCGGAGGAGGAGGCAGCCCCCAGUGCCGCCGGGCGCCCCAGGAAGAGGGCGCGGCAGUCCAGCGCCUGGAUCCAGGAGGACGAGGACAACUUCAUGGACUUCACCGACGCCGCGGCCGCGCGCCGCAUCACAGCCACGGACCCCGCGCAGAGGCAGGCCCAGGAGCAGAGGAAGCAGAAGUCUGCGCCCUUCAAGACGGCACCGGACGGCCGCCUGAUCAUCGCGGACGACAGCGAUGAGGACCAGAGGAAGAUCCCCAGGAGAGCGCCGCAUGUUCCCCCCUUGGACAGCGAUGAUGCAGAGGACAGGACCAGCACAGUGGACACAGCCACCCUGCCUCGUGCGGGCAGGAAGAGGAGGCUGAGCGCGAGCACUGACGGCUUACGCGAACCUGCCAUGAAGUACCAAGCGGGCGGCUCAGGCAUCCACCGGCCGAUGAAGAGGGCCACGCGUGGGGGCAAACCAGCCUCCGCGGCGGCGACGGGGGCUGCGUACCGUUCCAAGAAAGCACGUGGGGACAUGAAGAGAAAGGGCCUGCCGGACCCUUACGCUUACGUUCCGCUGUCGCGCAAGAUGCUCAACAAGAGGCAGAGGGCCAAACACACAGGGCAGUUCACGAACUUGGUGCGUGCCGCGAGGAAAGGAGCGCAGAAAGGCGCAAGGCAGCGUGCCAGGUCUGGGAAGAAGAAGUAGGCCAUGAACCUGUGUAUUUAUGAUUGGAGAAGAAUAUUCACAGUGUAACAUAGGUUGGUGAUGUAAAUUGUUAUGUUGCCAUGUAGGUAUUGUAAACAGGAGUUAUGGACAAUAAUAAAGUGUGCAAAAUUA